AUGGGCAAAACUUGUAUUGCUGAAUCUGAAGAGCCUGUUACUUACGAUGAAGCGAUCAACUGUAAACAAAGCAUACAUUGGAAAGAAGCUGUGGAUUCUGCGAUGGCAUCACUGGAGGGAAAUGAAACACAGACAGAAAAAUUAACAAAAAAUGCAAAUGCUAUAACUUGCAAAUGGGUUUAUAAGAUCAAAAAGAGUCCUGAUGAACCUAUUGAUAAAUUCAAGGCUAGACUUGUUGCCAAAGCAUUUACUCAAGAUUUGGGAGUUGAUUAUAAUCAAAUGCUUAGUCUAGUAACAAUGUUAGGACUGUUUGUUCAACUCUCAGUAUUGCAGAUAAUGAGAAAAAUGUACCUUUCUCAGUUUGAUGCCUAG